AUUUGAUUAAAUUUCCAGUGCACUUUCACAGAGAGACUCCGCCCACACGCUGUUCUGAAAGGCUGGGAUUUUUGAUUGACGUGUGGCGUCUCACAGUCGCGUCGCGUCUAGAGGACAGGGGACACGAUGUGAGCCUCUCCGUUUUAGUCAUUAUAGUGUAGUUAGAAAGCGCAUAUCUAAGAUAAAUAGGUUUGCAACUGGCCUUCACUUUUCUCUUGAGAUGUUUAGCUAUCUUGGUAGUUGAGUGAGAACGAGCGGCAGCAUUUGUUUUCAGCUUGAAUGCCGGGGGUAAAAUUACACUAAACGCAUCUAAAACGGGAAAUAGCUUCGAGGUUGACUGUACAACUAGAUUUGACAAGAAAUCUGAGGUAUAUUUUUACAGACUGCCGAAAGCUACAGAACAGAAUGGAUCCUGCGAUUCACCGAAACAACUGGAUCCAGACAGCUACGUGGUUUAGCAGUUGGUAUUUUGUGUCAAUAUGCUGAUUUUAGUGUUGAUUGAUUUUAGUGUUGUGAGAAACACUAUAUCGAGUCCAAUCUUUAGUUUAAACUGGUAACGAGUAAAACAAACAAUUAUCAGUUUGCUCUAUUAAAUCCAGUCUCGCAGAAGCUCUUCUUCACUCAGUCCGGCUGAGGGAGCGUGUUCCCGCGGGAAAGUGACGUCAAUGCAUAACCUCGGUAAAAAAAGAAAUGUGUAUAAUUUGUUUUCAUUUCUUGCAUCAAGAAUAAAUAAUUUAAUCAUUUCCAUCACUUCUUGAAAUAUUAUCAUUGUGUUUGGGGAUUUCCAUGGUUUUAAUUUCUAAUAUUAAUAUUUCACCUCACAUAUGACAGAGGGAAUGAGACGUCUGUCUGCAUCAGUCAUUUUACCCUUAUUUUUGAUAGGUUGUUUUAUAGUUAUUUUGUGGUUUUAAACCGUACAUGGCUCAUUUUUGAUAAUCUUUUUUUGAUCAAAUUCUCUACUGGAAACUAUUGUUCAAACAUAACUGCCUCACAACUCUCCAGUUUGGAUAAAUGUAUAGCCUAUAGUUUGGCAGAAAGUUUGUAUAUUUCGAGGAAUGGAAAUCUAAAGGGAUUUGGGCUAUUGCCCAUUUCCAAUGGAAGUGUUAUGUAGAGUUUUGAGAGAAAUUCAGUGUCAUGUGAUUAUAUUUAAUAGAAUGAUCAGAGCCAUUCCAAUUCCUUUACAUUAAUGGUGAAAGAAGACAUUUUGUGCUCCAGAGUCUCCCCAGGACAGAGUCAGCUCUUUUUAGAAGGUUGUGGUUUUUGUGAUUUUUUUUUUCACUCAUUAGAAGCAUUUUAAUAUGGUAAAAAAAAGAAAAGAUUUGUCCCUUCCCUUCUAAAGCUAGGAGGUGAACUUCAAUUUUUUUAAUGAUAUUUAUCCUUCCAAUUAAUUUUUAAGAUUGAAACUUAAUUUUGAUGUAAAUAACUGAACAUUUAGAGCAUGAUUUCUUUUGUUAUGAUAUGGUGUAACCCUUUUGAAGAGAUGUUUAGGGAGGUUUAACUCCCACCCCUCACUGUGAAGUUCAUAGGUUUGGUAUUGUCUGGAAAACAAAGAAUUUGAUUUUGUCAUAAUUUUUGUUGUUGUUAUGUAUGUCUUGGAAAGUUUUUCAAUCAUAAGUGCAGAUUUUUAUUCUUGUGCACUUAACUAUGAUUAACCUAAGGUUAAACAAUUGCUGUUAUAUUCAGAGAUUUAAUUAUGUACCUUGUUUGUGAAAAAAAAAAAAAAAAAUCUCGUCUCGUUGUGAUGACGUCAUCACCAUCGCCCCGUACCCCGUUCAGCGUCUGUGGACUCGGGAGUCUUCUGAGGUAAACAAAUCACGAUAUGUCGUGGUAAGACACUUAAAGCAACGUUUUAAUGAUUUGAACAAACGAGACCAUUGUGACAUCUGGAAGAUAUAGAUCUGCUCUCCUCCUUCAGUGACGCUCCUCCCCCUGCAAUUCACCAAUACAUGCUGGGAUUAUUGGUGUUUAUUCCUGGUUCUUCAUUAAUGAGGUUGAAGAACAGUGAGGUUAUAAAGAAUUUGGAAAAUCCCAAAUUCUAAAAUCGUAGCCAUGGAAACAUUUGGAUUCGUGCCGAAUGAGAUAGAUGUGAUACUGGAAAAUGAUGAGAGUGAAGAGGAGGAACAUCAUGUCAAAACUGAAGAAAUAUCUUGCUCACAGAUUGAAAGCAUUUCUUUACUGAAAAGAAGAGAUGAGAAAUGUUUCACUUGUGAUCAGUGUGGGAAGAUUUUUACACAAAAACAUAAUCUCAAGGUUCAUGAGAGGAUCCACACUGGAGAGAAGCCGUUCUCAUGUGAUCAGUGCGGGAAAAGUUUCACAUACAAACACAGUCUCGAGAUUCACAUGAGGAUCCACACUGGAGAGAAACCAUUCACAUGUGAUCAGUGUGGGAAGAGUUUCACACACAAACAUCAUUUCAAGGUUCACAUGAGGAUCCACACUGGAGAGAAACUGUUCACAUGUGGUCAGUGUGGGAAGAGUUUCACACACAAACAUCAUUUCAUGGUUCACGUGAGAUUCCAUACUGGAGAGAAACCGUUCACAUGUGAUUUGUGUGGGAAGAGUUUUACACACAAACAUCAUUUCAAGGUUCACAUGAGAUUCCACACGGGAGAAAAACCAUUCACAUGUAAUCAGUGUGAGAAAAGUUUCACACACAAACAUCAUUUCAAGGUUCACAUGAGAUUCCACACUGGAGAGAAACCGUUCACAUGUGAUCAGUGUGGAAAGAGUUUCACAUACAAAACGAGUCUCGAGAUUCACACGAGGAUCCACACCGGAGAGAAACCGUUCAAAUGUGAUCAGUGUGGGAAGAGUUUUACACAUCAAUGGAACCUUAAAAAUCACAUAAACAUCCACACUGGAGAGAAACUGCACGAAUGUGAUCAAUGUGGCAAAACAUUUUUGAGGUCUUCAGCCCUGAAGAGACACCUCACAGUUCAUUCACAGGAGAAACCACAUUUAUGUUCUUUGUGCGGGAAGAGUUUUUCACAUCAGCAGAAUUUAAAAGCACAUCAUAAAAUACAUACUGGUGAAGAAGAACAUGUGUGCUUUGAAUGUGGGAAGAGUUUUAUUACAACUGCAUGUUUGAAACAACACGAGAGGAUCCACACUGGAGAGAAACCGUAUCACUGCACUGCAUGUGGGAAGAGUUACACUCAAUUGUCUUCUCUACACAGACAUACAAAAAACAGUCACAGUAAGAAGACUCUCCCAGUGCUGGUGUUCUACAGCGCGAGUGCAGCUCGUCCCCCCAAGGCCUGUGAAUUCUCGUCCGUUCCGACGGGCAGAAUUUACAAAGCCUUUGGGCAAGCCGCCAUGGUAUGCCAUGGUCCUGCUACAGGUCUUUCAGGCCGAGGACCCAUGGGCAUGCAUGAGGUUGGGCUGGUCGGCGACGAGAUGGCGGACUCCGUCCAACAGUUCUCUGCUGCCCAGUUUCUCCGCCUGCUCAUCGCCGAGCGCAUCCCUGGCCGCUGGGACUCCGCAGCAGCCUCCAACCAGCCGCAAUACUGGGCCUGUCCUACACUGGACGUGGAGGUUCAGGUGGCUAUCACAGGAACAUGUGGUAGUUACCAUCACUUCUGCGAGCACCCCCUAAGGAAAGAGUGGGUAGGGACUUACUCGCGUUUGGUCAAGGAAUUGUGCCUGGAGUUCACGCCGGCUAACUCACAAGCUGAGACCCCGUGCUGGAUUGUGCCCAAGGUUCCUACCUCUCCCAUAAUCGGAUCAGGUCGUGAGCCUGCAAGCACUGCCCAGGAGCAGGCAGAACCAGCCCUGGCUUUCUCUAUCUGCUCCUCCUCCUUCAGUGAAGCUCCUCCCACUGCAAAUCUGCAAACACAGAGUUUAUUGAAGAACAUGAGAGAAGAACAAAGAGACGUGAUGCUGAAGAAUGAGGAGAGUGAAGAGGAGGAGAAACAUCAUGUCAGAACUGGAGAAACAACUCACUCACAGACUGAAAAUAUUUCUUUAUUGAAAAGAAAAGACAAGAAAUGUUUCACUUGCAGUCAGUGUGGAAAGACUUACACACAGAAAAAGAGUUUCAAGGUUCACAUGAGGAUCCACACCGGAGAGAAACCGUUCACAUGUGAUCAGUGUGGGAAGAGUUUCACACACCAAGGGAACCUUCAGGAACACAUGAAAAUCCACACUGGAGAGAAACCACACAAAUGUGACCAAUGUGGGAAAACAUUUUUGUUGGCUUCAAACCUGAAGAGACACCACAAAGUUCAUUCACACGAGAAACCACAUUCAUGUUCUUUGUGUGGAAAGAGUUUUUCCCGUCUGCAUGAUUUAAAAUCACAUCAGAAAAUACAUACUGGUGAAAAAGCUUAUGUGUGCUUUGAGUGUGGGAAGCCUUUUAUUACAACUACAUGCUUGAAACGGCACCAGAGGAUCCACACUGGAGAGAAACCGUACAAGUGUUCACACUGCGAUAAGAGAUUCAACCAAUCGGGAUCCUUGAACAUACACGAGAGGAUCCACACUGGAGAGAAACCGUAUCACUGCACUCCAUGUGGGAAGAGUUUCAUACAAUUAUCCUCUCUACACAGUCAUAUAAAAUACAAUCACAACGUGAUGCUGAAGAAUGAGGAGAGUGAAGAAGAGAAACGUCAUGAUGUCGGAACUGGAGAAACAACUCACUCACAGACUGAAAAUACUUCUUCACUGAAAAGAAAAGAAAAAAAAUGUUUCACUUGCAGUCAGUGUGGAAAGAGUUUCAAACGCACACGGACUUUAUUGAAUCACAUGAGGAUCCACACCGGAGAGAAACCGUUCACAUGUGAUCAGUGUGGGAAGAGUUUCACGCACAAAAAGAAUCUUAGGGAACACAUGAGGAUUCACACCAGAGGUAAACCGUUCACAUGUGUUCAGUGUGGGAAGAGUUUUACACAACAAGGGAGCCUUAAGUCUCACAUGAUGAUCCACACCGGAGAAAAACCGUUCACAUGUGAUCAGUGUGGGAAGAGUUUUACACAUCAAGGGAUACUUAAGGAACACAUGAACAUCCACACUGGAGAGAAACCACACAAAUGUGAUGAAUGUGGCAAAACAUUUUUGAGGUCUAAAGGCCUGAAGAACCACAUGUUAGUUCAUUCACAGGAGAAACCAUAUUCAUGUUCUUUGUGUGGGAAGAGAUUCUCAUAUCGGCAGAAUUUCAAACUUCAUCAGAAAAGACAUACUGGCGAAAAAACGUUUGUGUGCUUUGAGUGUGGGAAGAGUUUUGUUACAGCUGUAAAUCUGAAAACACACCAGAUGACCCACACUGGAGAGAAACCGUACAAGUGUUCACACUGCGACAAGAGUUUCCGUCGGUCAGGACACGUGAAAACACACGAGAGGAUCCACACUGGAGAGAAACCGCAUCACUGCACUCCAUGUGGGAAGAGUUUCGCUCAAUUAUCCUCUCUACAAUGGCAUAUAAAAUACAAUCACAGCAAGUAGAUCGUCUUUAUCGAAUGACAAAGC